AUGGGUCCUUCAGUGUUCCAGCUGCAAUGCACCUGCAACAACUAUCCAUGGGGCCGCGUCGGUACAUCAUCCAUGUCCGCCCGCCUCUGCUCCAAAACUCCCAACACCGGCUUCGAGAUCGAAGAUAAACCCUAUGCGGAGAUGUGGAUGGGCGAUUAUCCUGUACAGCCUGCUAAGAGCCUGAAGACUGGAGAAGAGCUGCAUAAGAUCGUGGACGAGGACAAAGAAGGACUGCUAGGAAAGAACGUUAUGGAGAAGUUCGGAGGUGUACUGCCGUUUCUGCCAAAGAUAUUGUCAAUCGAAAAAGCGUUGGAGCUGCAGAUCCACCCGGACAAAGAUCUCGCGGCUAGGCUACAUGCCAAAAAUCCCGAUCAGUUUACCGACGAUAAUCACAAGCCAGAGAUCGCGAUAGCAUUAGGCAAAUUCGAGGUGUUUGUCGGUUGGAAGGCGACGCCCGACAUUCAGGCUCUCUUCGAUGUUUUGCAGCCGAUCCAAAAAUUCCUCCCGAACGGACAGACGCACUUCAACAAUGAGACACUGAAGCGAGUUUGCCAGAACAUUCUGACAUCUAGUGAUGACAGCAUCAAGGAAUGCCAGCAACAGUUGGGCAAAAUUCCCCGAGAGAGAUUCGGCAAGCAGGCUUAUAUCCUCGACUUGUUACCAAGGCUGCAAGAGCAGUACUCGAUUGAGGAUCCGGGAAACCUGGUCACUUUGCUCUGUAUGAACUUCCUCACCCUCGAAGCCGGCGAAGCACUAUACGUCCCUGCCGAUUGCCCACACGCUUAUCUUUCUGGCGACAUCGUCGAGUGCAUGGCCCGCUCCAACAACGUCCUCAACACUGGAUUUUGCCCACGUGCAAAGAGAGAUAGCAUCGAGCUAUUCACCGAGGCCUUGACCUUUUCGCCCCACAAUGCGAAGGAUGCGAUGCUAGGUGCUACCAAGAGCAGCAAAGGGAAGAUGGGGAAGACGGUGGACUAUGCGCCGCCGAUGAGCGAGUUCAACAUGUUGAGGACGAGUUUGCAAGCCGGAGAAAAAGAGAUCCAGGAGAAGAUCGCCGGGCCAAGUGUGAUCUUUGCAACGAGCGGAGCCGGGAAGAUGAAGGCGGGUGGAGAAGAUUUUGAUUUCAAUGAGGGCUACAUUUUCUUUGCCGGUCAGGGGGUUGAAAUCGAAUUCUCUGCAGAGAAAGACUUAGAGGUGUACAGAGCUUACGCUGAGUAA